AUGUCGACAGAGCCCCCAAGCGACAGCUGGGUCCGCCGACUACGGUCUUCGCCGGCGUUUCUCGUGAUAGUAGUUACUAUGGCGCUUUUCACUGAUUCUUUCUUAUACAGUUUUCCCGUUCCCAUCCUACCAUACAUUCUCAGCGAACGUGUCAAGCUCGAUCCUUCGAUGUACCAGUUGGUGACUUCAUACAUCCUCGCGCAGAGCGCGGUGGUCCAUUUCAUUUUCAGUCCUGUAAUCGGUUAUCUAGUCGAUCGCACGCCAUCUCACCGACGGGCCAUGCUGGUCUCACUCACUCUGUCCCUCGUGGCAUCGAUUGGGCUGGCCCUUGCCAAAAGCUUGCCCGUGCUCUUUGCCACUCGCUUCUUGCAAAGCCUGGCAACGACUACUGUUUUUGUGACGGGGUUUUCUACCCUUGCAAGUGCGAUUUCAGACCAGUAUGCCAAUCAAGUCAACGGCCUUGUCUCGGCCACCUUGACAGCUGGGACGUCAGGAGGCUGCAUGGCGGCUGGGGUUCUAUUAGAAAUCGCAACAUAUUGGGGUGCAUGGUCAGCCGCAUUUGGCCUACUGCUUGUUGAUAUAAUUUUACGGCUGCUCAUGCUAGAGAAGUCGAAAUGCAUCGCAGAUAAACCGUCAACAGACGACGCAAAUGCAGAAUUGGAGCGCGAUCGGCUCUUGCCUACAUCUGAACGUACAGAGACAGAUAUUUGCGAUACUCCGCACAUGCCACAGCAAGAGGUAUCAGCUCUCCACUUCUACUGUCUCUUGUUCCGUGACCGCAGCUUCCUUGCUGGAACUGCCUGCUUCGUGGCAUUGGCAAUGAUAAUCUCCACCUUUGAUACAACCUUGCCCCUACUCGUUUACCAUAGGUUCCAUUGGGGAAGCUUGCGUACAGGGAUGCUCUUUUUCGGGCUACAGGCUCCCACGUUGAUCCUGACGCCCGUGUGUGGCUGGCUGAAGGACCGGAUAGGUAGCCGCCUUCCUUGCGGACUAGGGCUGCUAGGAACCGCGAUUUUUGCCAUCGUGACAGGGCUUGCUGGAGACUCCAGGGUCCCGUGGUUUAGCGAGGGGCCACAGGGAGCCGUUCUUUUUACGAUUGGUAUCGUCGGUAUUGGCUGCUUAACUUGUUUGAUUCAAGGAGUCGGCACUGCAGAGGCCAUGGGUGCAAUACAUCGGAUAGAACUCGAGUCUCCCGGUAUAUUUGGCCCAAACGGUGGUUACGCUCGAGCCGCUGCCCUGUCCGGAAUGUGUUUUACUGUCGGGUUGCUCAUCGGCCCACUUCUUUCUGGGACAUUGAUUGAGGGAUUUGGAUGGCUUGAGAUGAACUCAGUACUCGGGAUCAUUUGUGUUCUGACUGCUGCCAAUGCAUGUCUUAACCUGCGCAACUGAGGAGUGACAACAUUCUCUACUGUAUAAAAAGGGUACUAGUAAUACUGGGCAUUGCUAUUGUCCCUACCGAGUGAAGUGGGGUAUUUCGAGGCGGACUGGCAUGGUACAUCGAAAGAUCGAGAGAUCGAAGAGAGAGUGGAGCUCCUAAGAUGUUGAACGACCGAUAUGUACGAUAUG